UAUACUUUUCACAGGUUGCUUUGAGAUCAUCUAGAACAAUAAUGAUCGUGUUGGUGUUGUUAUGGACGAGUGCGGUGGCGGUGCAGUCAAAAAGCCUGAUGUUCCAGCCUCUAGACUGUGCAGAUAUUUAUAACGACAGUUCUUGGACAAGUGGAGUAUAUAUGAUCUAUCCUGCUGGACCGAACUCGGGUCGCUAUGUGUACUGUGACAUGGAGACUGAUGGAGGAAAAUGGACUGUGUUCCAGAGAAGAAUGGAUGGUACUGUGAACUUCUACAGAGGAUGGGAGCAGUACAAGAACGGCUUUGGGCAUGCAGGUGGAGAAUACUGGCUGGGACUUGAGACAAUUCAUCUACUCACGCUGAAGAAGAACUAUGAGCUGCGAGUAGAUUUAGAGGACUUUGAAGGAAAUAAGGUCAAUGCAAAGUACAAAUCCUUUGGCAUUUCUCCGAUGGCUAUUAAUGCAGAACUGGACGGCUACACACUGCAAGUGUCAGGUUUUGAAAACGGUGGCGCAGGGGAUUCAUUGUCGUACCACAGCGGAUCAAAGUUCUCAACCUUUGACAAAGAUCAGGAUUUAUAUGAAGGAAAUUGUGCCGUUUCCUUUGUGGGAGCAUACUGGUAUAACUCCUGUUACCACUCCAACCCCAAUGGACUCUACGCAUGGGGAGAAGAAUCAAAACUCGGAUUCAACUGGAGGGCUUGGAAAGGCUUUAAAUCGCUGAAAAGCAUCUCAAUGUCAAUGAAACCAGUGAACCUGGCCUGA